AUGCUAAUCCGUGGCAUAAAAAGUAGUUGGACAGGCGCAGCGACUGGUACUCGCAGAGGUAUAGGAUGGGAUCCAGAUUCGAUUAGUGACAAAAAGGAACCGCAAGAAGAUGAUACAGAUGGGAGUAUACGCCAUGGUGACGGGAGAAAAGAUAAAAUGGAAGAGAUUGGCCUAGGCUCAUUCAACGAGGGAGAUGAACCACCCGAAGACUUUCAUGUUGAGUUAUCUCUAGAUGAUAGCCCCCCAGCCUUUCAGAAAUUCCGAUCAAUCUCCAAACCAGAAACUCUUAAACAGCCAACAGCGAACAUGAUCGGCCAAAACUUUGCGGGUGCCAUUUCUAGUCCUCCGAGCGCUGUCAAUACGUUACCUACGACACUCUCCACAAUAUCAGAGGAAGUUCCAAAAUACGACAUUUUUUGGGGAUCCCUCUAUUUAAUAUGCUUGGGGGGUACCUUUGCAACUUUUUUUCUAGUUUAUCUGCACACAGAAACACCCACCAAAUUUAUCGGCGAUACGAUAUAUACUACCCUACACGCAUCUUUCUACCUUUUUGCUGUGGAUACGUUAGUCUCUAUUUUUGUCUCCCUCAUAUGGCUUACUUUAUUAAGAUCCUUUGUCCGAACAUUGGUUUACCUGAUAAUAAUUGCCGUUCCUGUCAUUUUAUUCUCAUUCUCUUUGUAUCCAUUCAUUGCUAGCUUUAACAAGACUACAUCUAGUCGCUCAAGCUUAUCGGACAAAGCCAUGAGAUGGCUCUCAAUUAUUCCAGGAGUAUUCACAUUUAUUUGGAUCUACACAGUUUAUCGUGGAAGACGUUCCUUAACAAAAGCAAUUGGUAUUAUAGAAUUUUCAUUGAAAAUUUUGUCUGCAAAUCCAGGGCUUCUUGUUGUAGGGUUUAUAACAUUGGCAAGCGUAAUCAGCUGGACUUGGGUAUGGCUGGUUAUGUUUACAAGAGUCUUUCUUGGUGGGCAGCUAUCAGGCUCACUCAUCAAAUUCAGCAUUGACACAAGCACCUGGUGGCUGGGUGUUUACUUUAUCCUCAUGUAUAUUUGGACCCUAUCAGUGAUAAGUGGACUCCAAAGAUCAAUUACAGCUGCCACUGUUUCGGAAUGGUACUUUCAUCGCAACGUGCAACCAUCAUCGGAUUCGAAGGAGGUAAUUGCGGCAGCUACAUCGCACGCAACUACCACACUCUUUGGAACAAUUUCUCUUUCAACAUUGAUUGCUCUUGUAGUUCGGCUUCCACUGCUGCUACUUCCACAUCGUUUGACAGGGGUGAUAUCCAUGCUCGCGUAUUCUUGGGUUCCGACACCAAUAUCAACUCUCACCAAUCCUCUUACUCUAACCUAUGCUGCAAUCCACUCGCAGUCUCUACAAACAUCUGCUCGAGGCUUGUGCCAAAUGUCAUUUCUUACACCACAUGAUCCCACUACUACUCUAACACCGCAGUCCUUUAAUGCUACAAACCGCCAGGAAUUACCGGUACUAGCCUAUCGCUUCGCAAAACUAAUUCUUCACGCGACUCGUCUAGUAAUGACGGUAGCUUUGGGCUUUGGGGGAUGGGUCACCACCGCCAAGAAACUUCAUCUCACGGUUCCGCAAGACACCGGCUUGCGUGGGAGUGCGUAUGCUUACGUUGUUGGUCUUGUAGCUGGGUUUAUAGGUUGGGGGGUUCUCAGUACAAUAGAGGGAAUCUUGGGUGGAAUUGUGGAUGCGAGCAUUAUUUGCUGGGGCAGUGAGAAGAGCAUGGUGGGUGGAGGUGCAUAUUGUCUUGAAGCAGGGUAUCUCUUUGGGGAAGGGUUUGAACAUAAUCUUCCUUGA